AUGUCUCUUAAGCACAUGUCCAAGCCUGUGUCGAGACUAUUAGUCUCGACACCCCGAUCAUCACGAGCAUGUCAAUCUUCCGCUCCUUUCCUCGCCACUCUCCCAGCCCGCCAUCGUUCAGCUCGUGCCUUCCCGCGACCCCUCUUCGUUGCAGGCCAGCGGAGAGCCCUCUCCUCAUCCCUACGCCACCGCUAUGCCGACGUCGAAGAAGGUUUUGACCCUGCCACCGUAGAUCGCGAGGCCGAUGAGGUGGACGUCUGCAUCGUUGGCGGCGGCCCUGCUGGUCUUAGCGCGGCCAUUCGUCUGAAGCAAAUAGCAAAUGAAGACGGCAAUGAGGAUUUCCGCGUCAUCGUUCUAGAAAAGGCCGCAGAAAUUGGCAACCACAUUCUGUCCGGAAACGUACUCGAACCCAGGGCUAUUAAUGAACUGCUACCGGACUGGCUGUCAGACGAAAACGAGAACCGCUACCCCGAUGUCACCCCAGCAGGCAAAGACCACAUGCGCUUCCUCACCAAGUCCGGAUCCAUACCAUUACCAACUCCUCCGCAGAUGAAUAAUCACGGCAAUUACAUCAUCUCACUCUCUCAGUUUACAAAAUGGCUGGGCGAGCGAGCAGAGGAAAUUGGUGUAGAGAUCUACCCUGGCUUUGCAGGUGCAGAACUAAUCUAUGGACACGAUGGAGCUGUGAAAGGUAUUGCCACCAAUGACCAAGGCGUGGGUCGUGAUGGCAAAGCAAAGCCCAACUUUGAGAGGGGAAUGGAGUUUCACGCUCGCGUCACCCUGCUCGCCGAAGGGUGUCAUGGCUCUCUCACCAAACAAGUAUCUAAGAAGUACGACCUACGCCGUGAAUCCGACGCCCAGACCUACGGUCUAGGCAUCAAGGAAGUCUGGGAAGUCCAGCCCGAGAAGUUCAAGAAGGGCGACAUAUCGCAUAGCAUGGGCUAUCCACUGAGCAAAGAUGUGUAUGGUGGCGGCUGGAUGUACCACUUCGGCGAGAAUUUCGUCUCUAUUGGCCUUGUCGUGGGUCUCGAUUACGCCAAUCCUUGGAUCGCUCCCUAUGGCGAGUUCAACCGCAUGAAGCUGCAUCCAUUCUACAAAAAUGUGCUCGAGGGCGGUAAAUGUAUCGCCUACGGCGCUCGUGCACUCAACGAGGGAGGCUAUCAGUCCAUACCCAAGUGUGCCUUCCCCGGUGGUGCGCUCAUCGGUGACACCGCCGGCUUUCUCAAUGUGCCCAAAAUCAAAGGCACCCACACGAGCAUGAAGUCAGGCAUGCUCGCCGCCGAAGCAGCCUACGGCGCCAUCAAGAACAACCCCGAAGCCAACUCGAUCUUCCUCUACGACUACGAGGACGCUUUGCGGUCAUCAUGGAUCUGGAAAGAACUGCGCGCCGUCCGCAACAUACGGCCCUCCUUCCACACCCCUCUCGGCAUCUACGGCGGCAUCAUGUACUCCGGGCUCGAAGCAUUCAUAUUCCGCGGCAUGGUACCUUGGACUUUACCACAUCCCAAGAGCGACGCAGCAGCCACCAAGCCAGCAGACCAAUUCCAGAAAAUCGAAUACCCCAAGCCCGACGGCGAGAUCACCUUCGACAUCCUCACCAGCGUCAGCCGAACCGGCACCAACCACGAAGAGGACCAGCCCGUGCAUCUGCAGGUGAAAGACUGGGACGAGCACGCCAAGAAGGCCUACCCGCUUUACAAGGGCAUCGAAAAUCGGUUCUGCCCCGCCGGCGUCUACGAGUACGUAGAGGACGAGAGCAAGGAUCUGGGCGUGCGGUUCCAGAUCAACGCGCAGAACUGUAUACACUGCAAGACCUGCGACAUCAAGGUCCCAACUCAGGACAUCAACUGGCAGACACCACAGGGCGCCGAGGGGCCGGGCUACAGCAUUACCUGA